AUGACAAAUAGUUUUCUUGACAUUGUGGCUUCUUCAGGAUGUGAAUAUAACCAUCAUGCCAAUUCUUUUCUAUUCACUGUUGAACCGUCAGUCUUUCGUCGACAAUUGACUCUGACAUUAAGAAGUGAUCCAAAUUAUCCUGAUAAUAUAUCUAUCUUUCUUCAAGAUAUGCAAGAAUACACUAACGAUAUUCAAUCCUUACGACAGUGCUUAUUAUCUGCUGCGCUUUCUGAUACUGUACCUAGAACAAACAGAUCUUCGUCAGUGGAUAGUCUUACAAAGACCUUACUUGCCAUUGAUAUUCUUCAACCUAUUAUUAUUACAAAUUUGCUGGAACGAUUACCUGAAUUUUAUGACGAAUUGGAACGAGAUCAAUCAAGCUCAUGUACUGCUCGACUUAUUCUUCAUCAAUUGAGAUGGCUUGAUUAUGUGGUACAACCUCAGGAAUUGACAAAUACACUGAUAGAACUUAUUCAAAUCACACCAAACGUUAUUCAACAUGAAAUUAUCACUACUCUACCAGAUAUGCUUAAUGAUGCCGAACAUAAACCCAUUGUAGUCUUCUUGAAAGAAUGGAUGCAACAACAUCCUGAUUUGGCUGUUCCGAUAUUGGAUGCACUCUCAAAUUUGACUCUUCAUUCAGAAUAUCUAGAAGAUGUACGAGAAACUGUAUUAGAACGUUUACAAUCAGCAGAAAUCGAUGAUUUGGCUGUGAUGGUCAAAUUCCUUCUACAAACAGUGACACCUCAUACCAUUGAUAUGACAAUUUUAGAAUUACGACAAAAACUUGAUCUGCGUGCAUUAGAAAAAGUUCAGUUAUCACAACAGGAAACAAGUCAACUACGUUCUCGUCAUAAAAGAGAAUCCCCGGAAGCACUGAUUUUAGAUUCGAUGAAACUUGGUUUACAAUUUCACAAAUUUGUUUGUGAUGCUUGGGUGAAAUCUAUUAUGGCAUUGGAAACACAGCGUGCACACAAAGUGAUUGACAUUCUUGUCCUCUUUAUACUCUAUUCAAUGACAUCUACAAAGAAAAAGGCUGAAAAAAUCUUUCAGAAAAAGAUUCAAUCUAGUCUCAUUACUGCAAAUCUUAUCAAGGAAACUAUACUUCACCAUGCUGAUGGAUUAUCUGGAUAUUGGAAUACGAUAUUGGUAUUGGCUGAAAACUUACUACGAUUCUCUCAUCAACAAAACUUUUUGGCAUCUUGUUCUAAAGCUCUUUAUACAAAUGCAUUCCGAGUAUGUGAUGCUUACCAUCGUCAAGAAAUCAUUGGAGCUCUAGUCACACAUAUUGGAAGUGGAUCAACAUCGGAAAUGGAUGUAGCUCUGGAAGUACUUUAUGACCUGGCAAAAACCGAUGUAACGGCAGUAGCUGUAUACAAUGUAUUCAUUAAGGGUAUUCUGGAUUAUUUAGACAAUCUCACCAUUUCUCAAACCCGAACUUUAUUUGAUAUUUUCAGUAUAUUGGCUCUCAAGGACGAUCAUUAUGCAAAUGACUCAAGUCUGUGGUCCGACAUUCAAAUUGUUCUCCGAAAACAACUGUCCAAUCCUCGUGUAAAGUACAAGGUAAUCGGUAUCAUUGGCUCUGUAUCUGCUGUCAAAAUCCUUGGUGAUCUUGACCUGUGUAACGAUGCUGCUGAAUCAAGUACUCAGAGUAAUAUAUCAACAGAAUCUAUAUCAAGGCACCCUUUACUUCAACAAGCAGUUAAUUUAUUGGAAAUGGUUAUUAGAAGUUGUGCUAUAUACCCGACAUGUAUGUGUAUGGUCUAUGACGAGAUUGCACUUAUGCUUGAAACAACAAAAUUAGACCAACGAUUAUGUGCUUGGAUAGCAGAAAAUAUGGCAGCAGCCUUCCCAGAUGAUUAUGUGAUAGAAGAAGAAGUUUACAACAUCAUGGAAUCAAAUGCAGCUAGGGAUAUCAGUACUUCAAUGAAACCGAAAAUGGUGAUGGAUCACAAUGGAGAGACAUCGGUCAUCUGUAUGGCAUUCUAUUCCCUGCUUCAUUGUAUCAAUGAAAAACAAAGAAAAAAACAACUUGUUCCUCUUUGUGCCAUGUUUAAUCUGCUUCAAAGCUGCGAAAAGGUUAAUGAAGGUUCCUUGGAAGGUGUUGAUGCUCUUUUGGGUUGUGGUCUAAUAUUAUUUGAUUUGGAUCAAGUAGAGACUCUUCUUCCUGAAUGGCAAACGGACGAAGUUGAAAAUGCAUGCCAUUUACUAUUUGCUGCCAUUGAUUGGUGUCGUGAAAUGUUAAACUGCUUUUCUUCUGUUGCUGAAGAUGAAGAAAUUCAUAUGAAACUUAUAUGUCGACUCAAGGAUAUACUACAAUUGGAAUUAGUCAUGGAAAAACUUUUGCCUAAAGUGUCUAGUUUCACGCCUCUCCAUUUGCAGUCAAUCAAGUCCAUUCAUGGUGAAAGCAAUAGCAUACAUAAAUCUCAAUCUCAAGCUCUGACAUUUCAUUCACACAAAGAUGAUUCGGAUUCUGAAAAACAACAGAACAAACCUGCUUCCAAAUUCGAUACUAUGGAAAGUCUACGACCCCAUUUGCGUCCUUUGAAGAUCCAAUCCCUUGCUGUAUUGAAGGCUCCAAAUCAAGAUGAUCAAAUUGAAUUCAAUUAUGGCUUUUGCAAUUAUAUUCUACAAGAUAUCAAUGGAAAACUCGAUACCAAACUUAUUCCUCCAGUUAUUGGUGUUGGCAAGAAAAAGUCUCAAACAAAGGAUGAUAUGAAUGACUAUACCAGUCAAAAUCCUUUGUUUCAACUCACAAACCGACAAUUGGUACAAGAAAUGAUAAGAUAUCUACCCAAAAUAUUACAAAUGUUAGAGGCGGUGAACGAAGAUAUGCAAAGUGAUGAUACCCAGCAUGGUCGGAUUGCGGAAGGAGCCAAAGACAAGGCAUUAUGUAUCUCAUUGAUAGUUGAUAUUCUUUACAAAUUGUUUACAUGGCCUGAUAUUGAAAACUCGGAGAAUCAAGAUCUUUUAUUGGGUUUGAUCAACACAUUAGCGGAACAAAUCACUUCCGAUGUGUCACAACGACGUAGUAUUAGUGACCGAUUUAAAGGAGCAUUCCGAUACCUGACUGGAUUCCAGGGCAAUAUUCCUCAAUUCCAAACAGCUGUGACCAUGUUCAAGUUAUUGGAACAUAUUAUGAUAUUAUCUUGCGAUAGCGAUAUAUUACAAAACGAUGCUUAUCGUGUGGCUUCCAACAUUUUAUCUCAGGAUUGGUUCGAUUGGCGCGAAGCAAAGAAAGAUAUUCCGUUUUUGGUUGAAAAGGCGAUUGAACUCCAUGAAGACCCUCUUAGGCUUUUGAUUCAUUAUGUGAACGAGGUGUUACCUACAUUUGAAAGGGAAGAACAACUUGAAUCCUACCCUUUGUUAAAAUCGGAAACUGAAGUGUCAUUUUACCAGGCUAUCAUUCAUCAAACGAUCAAAUCAUUCGACCUAUUGGAAAAGACCGAUCAAGAUGUGAACAUUGUACUUGUCCAGACAUCUCAAGUAGUGAAUCUAUUUGAACGGAUUACCAAUUAUGUGAAACUGAAGGAACAACGGGAAUUAUUUGGUGUUCUAUUGAAAACAAGUCGAGCGUUUAUUGAACAAUUUACCAAGCACUCUAUGCCAUUCUUCACUCGGGUAUUCAAGGAUCACAAGGAUGAAAUUGUGGGAAUAUUCAAACAAUUUCAAAUUGCCACUCGAUUAUUACAGAUUAUAUGCUCACAUGUCAAGGUGAUCAAGGAUACCAAAUUAGCAACUUAUGUACCACCAUUGAAGAAGGCCCUUGAAUUUGUUAUUUUCCAGGUGAAAAUGUUGUUAACAGAAAACAAUGCUCCUUCUGAUGUAUUCUUCUUAGGUGCUUUGAAACAUCGUGAUAUUACUGGUGCUCAAGUUUCUUCUCAGGUUCCCAAGGAAAUCUCUAGUGACUCAGAAGCUGAAUCAUCCGUUGGUGAACCACAGUCAAGCAAGAUCAUCAAGAAUAAAAAGAAAUCCAAACCCAAAUCAGCAACAACAAUAACAACAAAUCCACCUACAUAUCGAACACCAAGUCAAGUGCCUCCCAGCGAUACUGAAGAUGAUGAUAUACCAAACGACAACAACAAUGAUGAUCAAACUGGAACGGAUGGUGAUGAUGAAGGCAUGAAUCUUUCGGACAAUGAUGAUGAACAAUUGAUUGAGCCAAGCAACAAACGUGCACAGCCUAUGGACUAUGCAGCCUUCACCCGAUUUUUGGAUCAAACAAAUAGCGAGCAAUCACGCAAAAAGGACCAACCAUCUCAACAGCAUUCUAAUCCGAUGACGAUUUUCAGUAGUGACGAUGAUACAAACAAUAGUGGCACAGAUGAGUCAUCACAACAACAACAACAUCGCCUUUAUAACAGUGUUUCCCGAAUGAAUAACCAUCCAACUGACUCAAGCCGUAGUGAAAAACCAUUUGACCUCCAUUCAACAUCAUCCAGCGGAAGAAAACGGGGAUAUGGACUUGGCAUGACAAGAAAACGAUCGAAAUAUUAA